GCCGACCUGGCUCUGGGCGAGGAGGUUUUCAGCAACAACUGCGCCGCGUGCCACAUGGGCGGCAACAACAGCGUGCAGGUGGAGAAGACGCUGCGCAAGGCGGCGCUGGAGCAGUACCUCGAAGGCGGGUUCAACCAGCCCGCCAUCAUUUACCAGGUGGAGAACGGCAAGAACGCGAUGCCGGCGUGGGGCGAUCGGCUGAGCGAGGAGGAGAUCGAGGCGGUGGCUGCCUAUGUCUUCAAGCAGGUGAGGGUGGGGCGCAGAAAGAAUGGCGGCAGCUGCCACCUGCAGUGCAGCUGA